AUGUCAACUGAACCUGUCCCUGCAGAGUUCGAUUCCCAGGCCUGUUUCAUGCCAUCUUCUCCACCUGCUACCUAUCGUAGUGUACCAAUCACCAGAGCAAGAGCAAGGGCAAGCGCGAAAGCAGUUGAACUAAAUGCACAAAACAACUUGGCAAACUUACUUCCCAACAUUGAGGCCCCGGAACCUAGAGACAAGAAGAAUACACAUACACAUCUCCCACGAUCACCUCGUCGAGACCAACCUAAAAUACCGUCGCGGAGCAUCAAGGGAUUCGAUGGCUCUGUAGAAGAGCACAGCUCUGAUGGUGCAGAGAGCUCAGAGGGCUCAGCGGGCUCACCCUCCCAAAAUGAAUGCUCCCUGCUAGAGCCAAGUACUGAUCAAGAUGAUUUGUAUCACCUUCCUGAAUCUGAGAAAAGUAGUGACGAAUCAGAGGCUUCGGUGACCGCCGGUACAGUCGGUCGUCCUAAAUGUAAAGGCAGGAAAAAACUUAUCACAGUCACCUACUCGACAAAACAAAGGAGGAAUAAUCAACCCAAGAAUGGAGGCGUCCCAAUCGAAGCCAAAAAGUCUGAUAGUCCUGUAGACAAGUCUGGUGGCCCAUUGCAAGAAAAUAGGGCGCAAAACCAAGCAGCAAACAGUCCGGAUGGAAAAUUCACACAGCAAAGUAAAACAGCCCGUGAUUCUUGUCGAAACGCGAAAGUGUCGACGCAGAAGACUUCAGGCACCAUACAAGAUUCACCGGCUUCCACCCAAGAUCUUUUAUCCCCCAUAACAACAAAAUCAAAAGGUACCAUUAACCGAAGGCCAAAAAGGCCAUUCAACGCUGGUAGUCCCAACGAGCACAAGGCCAGCCCACAGGAAGUGCCGCCUUUCAGUGGCAAUGUCAACAUCGACAAGCAACCGAUAGCGGGGCAAGAAACAACUGACUCUUCGACUUCUCCGAACGUGACAGAGUCACCAGAAAGUAAAUCGACACGUACUAGUUGCCAGGGCACCAGGCGUAGUACAAGGGAUGUACCUUUGCCAGGGGUAAAACAGGAGAAUGGUCGCCACGGUAAAACACCUGUGGUUGGCAAAGGGAAAUGCCGUGACAUUGAUCACAGUCAGCUCAAUGGAAAUCUCAACACACUGCGCGUUCCUCAUAUUCUUCCAGCAUCAGACCAGCCUGCGAAACCGACUUAUGUGGACUAUGGGUUGGUUCAUCCAAGAAAUCGUGCACUCUAUGAUCUAGAUUCUGGAUCUACCAAACGCCCUUGUCGUUUUGAAGCUAGUAAAAGACCUACUAAGAAGUCCCAAGCCGCACUCGACAGGACAGCGCCCAGCAGCAAUAUCAACUCAUCCAUCAGGGGUCACUUGCCCAAGAUGAACCUCACUCCAUUACCUUACACUCAUAUGAGAGAAGAAUUGAAUGAGGCGACACCGACGGAGAUUUCGGUAGCUGAGCUUUCACUUGCCAGUUUUCAUGACCAAGAGCCAGAACGGAAUGAGAAAUUUUCGAGCGAUCAUACACCCGGCUACGGAUUUUCUAAACCGCGACAAGUUAAUCGGUCAACCGAAUUUUCAAGCGCAGAAGACAUACCUGAGAAAGGCGGAAGCCAACGCCGGCAAAGAGCAGGCAAUCCAGAAUACCUUCCUUCCAUGAAAGUAUGCAAGGCUGCCUCAGACAGGGAGGAAUCAUUACAUCCAAAUUCUAUGACUUGGGCAAAUAUGUUAGCAGAAAGAUCGCACAAGAAAGAUUUGAUUCCGGUGCCACUUGAAAUACCAGGAGAAGUUGAUUCUGCAAACCAAACACUACCACUUGAACGAGAUUCCCACAAGCCCCGAAUAUCGAAGCGUGAAAGUAUACUACAGAACCGGCGUGAGGCAGUUUUCGAGUCUGUGCAAGAAGUGAUCACUGCCAUGCUUCUACGUAUGCAAUCCAAGGAGUCUACUGUAAAUGAAAUUAUGGAGAAUUAUCGGCGCAAUGGGCAACAGUUAGCUGAUGCCUUGCUGAAUCGCCAAGCUAUUGAAAUCAGCGACGUUAUCCAUGCAUUUGAUAAGAAGUGCUGCCGGCUUAGUGAAAUGUUUCGUGGAGGCGCUCGCCUCGCAAGAACGAUCCGCAAAAAGGUAGCGAACGAAGACGAUCAUUACUAUAGAACCUGGAAUCAAAGGAGCAAGGAGCUUGAUGAAGAGAUAAGGGUGACUUGGGAAGCAGUUAGAUCUCUUUAA